GGGGGACCUGUCGGGACCCGACGGGCCUCGGACUCCAGAGAAACAGCGAAUCAGCGGCUUUCAGGAAUAAAUUUAUCUGAAAAAGACUUCUUCCUCGCUUUUCUGCCCUGCACAGUGGAAAUUUUCCCAGUUUUUCCUGCAGAACGGAGGUCGAGCGAUGCCUCCCCCCGCGCUCUCGCACCAGUUGGGCGCUCCCGGAUGAGGGCCUACCCCUUUGGAUCCACGUGGUCUGCAACAGGUUCGGAGCAUCCCGGGCUGCCGGGUCGCCUGUGGUGUGGGUCCCGGGAUGGAGGAGCCCCAGGCCGGUGGUGCUGCUCGGUUCUCUUGUCCCUCCAACUUUACCGCGACGCCCCCAGCCUCAGAGUCCCCUCGUUUGUGUUUGGAGGCGCUCACGGGUCCAGAUACGGAGCUGUGGCUUAUUCAGGCCCCUGCAGACUUUGCCCCAGACUGCUUCAAUGGGCGGCAUGUGCCUCUCUCUGGCUCCCAGAUCGUCAAGGGCAAGUUGGCAGGCAAGCGGCACCGCUAUCGCGUCCUCAGCAGCUGUCCCCAGGCUGGAGAAGCAACCCUGCUGGCCCCCUCAACAGAGGCAGGAGGUGAACUCACCUGUGCCCCAGCCCCCCAGGGCAGCCUAAGGAUCCUUGAGGGUCCCCAACAAUCCCUGUCAGGGAGCCCUCUGCAGCCUAUUCCAGCCAGCCCCCCACCACAGAUCCCCCCUGGCCUGAGGCCUCGGUUCUGUGCCUUUGGGGGCAACCCACCAGUCACAGGGCCUAGGUCAGCCUUGGUCCCCAGUUCGCUCAACUCUGGGAGGAAGAAAAAGGAGAUGCAGGUGACAGAGGUCCCAGUCACUCAGGAGGCAGUGAAUGGGCACGAGACCCUGGAGGUGGACAUGGCUUUGGAGUCCCCAGAAAUGGAUGUGCGGAAGAAGAAGAAGAAAAAGAAGAAAAAUCAGCAGCUGGAAGAACCAGAGGUGGCAGGGCCUGUGGAGACAGAGCCCACAGCAGAGACAUCGGAGCCUCUGGGAGUGCUGCUGCCAUCUACCACCACCAAGAGGAAGAAGAAGCCCAAAGGGACAGAAACCUUUGAGCCAGAAGAAAAGACAGCAGAGCUGGAAUGGAUUAACACUGAGCCUCUGGAAGAGACAGCCCUGUCCCCGACCAAAAAGAGAAAGAGGCAAAAGGGGACAGAAGGAAUGGAGCCAGAGGAGGGGGUGACAGUUGACUCUCAGCUGCAGGUGAAGGUAGAGCCACUGGAAGAGGCCGUCCCUCUGGCACCUACAAAGAAGAGGAAGAAAGAAAAGGGACAGACUACAAUGAUGGAGCCGGGGAUGGAGGCAACGGAGCCAGCAGAGCCAGAGAUGAGCCCUCUGGAGCUCCCAGUGGGGAUGACAGAACCUCAACAACCAAAUGGAGCUGAGCCUCAGGCCCAGGCAGCUCUGGCAGCUCUCAAGAAGAAGAGGAAGAAAGAACAACAGCAAAAUGCCACAGUGGAGCCAGAGCCAGAGGUGGUGGAGCCUGAGCUGCCAGAUGAGCCUCAGGCAGCUCCCAUGUCCAGCAAGAAGAAGAAGAAGAAGAAAGAGAGAGAUCACAUAAUCACUGAGCCAAGGACUGAGCUGAUUGAGCCACCGGAGCCUGAGCCGCCAGGGGAGGGAGAGCCUGAGGCCAGGGCAGCUCCAGAAUCCACCAAGAAGAGGAAGAAGCGGAGUCGGGAAAGCCACGUGCCAGAGACAGUGCCCCAGGAGGAGACGCCAGGGCCACCGCUGAACUCAGAGUCUGGGGAGGAGGCUCCUGCAGGCCGGGACAAGAAGCGGAAGAAGCAGCAGCCGCAGCCUGUGUAGUCUCCCCCAGGGAAACUGAGGAACUAAAGAAAGCUGAAGAUGCCCAUCUGGGCCACGAGAAGGUGACAGCCCAAGAACCCUGCCCCAGAGAUGGCACCAGCACAGCCAGCAGGAGCCUGGCCUGGGAAGAUGCUUUAUUAUUACACUGGGGUCUCCUCCGCAGCUGUGGUCAUCGGGGCACUUUCAAGAAGGGCUCGUGCAGGACAUCAAACAGCCUCCGCGCCUGGGUGGGAGGGAGAAAGAAACGAGGAACCUGUCAUUAAAGGUUUCUUGGGUGAAUCCAGA